AUGGCAGCAUUUCACCUCCUUCCAUCACUUCUUCCCCAUCAUUACCUUCACCACUCUCACUCUCUAUACCUUAACUCACUUAGCCACUUCAAAAUUUCAUCCAUUUGGUUCAGUCCAGCACCCAAACCUCGACGUUUCCACCAAAGAAACCAACCCAAAGCCUCCAUUAAUGGCGACAACACCACCACUCCAGAAGCCCCAAAAGCCACUCGCCGAGGCCGCAAAAAAUCCCCAACCACACCCUCUUCCUCCUCCUCCUCCUCAACAACAACAACAACAACAACAACAAAACCAAGACGCACGCGAAAAUCCCAAACUCAAAAUGACAAAACAGGACCGAGAGAGACCGCAACAAAAGAGAUAACAGCAACAAGCGCAAUUGAGGAAGAACCCGAGGACCAUGACGAUGGUAUUGAUUUUCCAUAUGAAGACCCCCCUUUGAUAUGCUGUUUCGGGGCAGCUCAAAAAGAGUUUGUGCCAACAGUUAGAGUGGCACCAGAGCAAAUGCACCCAGAUAUAUAUUCACAAUGGAAAAUGCUCCAGUGGAACCCGCCGGAGUUCGUGAGAGCACCAGGUGGACCACCCUCGAAUGUGGCCAUUUCCCAUGUCAGGCUUGGUGGGAGGGCCGCGUUUAUGGGGAAGGUUGGGGAUGAUGAGUUUGGUGAAGAGUUGGUUUUGUUGUUGAAUAAGGAGAAAGUACAAACGAGGGCUGUGAAAUUUGAUGGUAAUGCAAGGACUGCGAAAGCUUACAUGAAGAUUAAGUUUGACGAUGGGAAGAUAAGGGUGGAGAAGACUAAAGAGACGGCAGAGGAUUCGUUGCUUGGCCCUGAAUUGAACCUUGCUGUGCUCAAAGAGGCUAGAAUGUUCCAUUUUAAUUCAGAAGUCCUUACAUCUCCCGCUAUGCAUUCUGCCCUUUUCAAAGCAAUUUCAUGGUCUAAAAAGUUUGGUGGCCUUAUAUUUUUUGACUUAAAUCUGCCAUUACCAUUGUGGAAGUCACGUGAUGAGACGAAAGAAGUGAUCAAGCAAGCAUGGGAGCAAGCAGACAUCAUUGAGGUCACAAAGCAGGAGCUAGAAUUUCUUUUAGAUGAAGAAUAUUAUGAAAAGAGAAGAAAUUAUAGGCCUCAAUACUAUGCUGAAGAUUAUGAGCAAACCAAGAGGCGGCGAGAUUAUUAUCAUUAUACGCGUGAGGAAAUAUCUCCUCUGUGGCAUGAUGGUUUAAAAUUUUUGUUUAUUACGGAUGGAACACUCCGGAUUCAUUAUUAUGCCCCUUCAUUUGAUGGAGUGGUGGUUGGAACAGAGGAUGUGCUUAUAACCCCAUUUACUUGUGACAGAACAGGUUCUGGUGAUGCUAUAGUAGCUGGAAUCAUGAGAAAGCUAACAACUGAACCUAAGAUGUAUGAGAACCAAGAUAUUUUGGAGAGGCAGCUUCGCUUUGCAAUUGCAGCAGGAAUAAUAUCACAGUGGACAAUAGGUGCAGUAAGAGGUUUUCCUACAGAAAGUGCUACACAAAAUCUGAAGGAACAGGUUUAUGUGCCAUCAAUGUGGUAGAUUGGGUAUGACCAAAGCCAAGUCCCAACAAUAUUGAAGUUCUCAUCAGUAACACGGUAUGCUUUAUGUUCCCCUAGAGGUUUGGAAACUUCACAUCUGAUUAAGGUGGGUGCGAGUUUGUGAUGGAGAGAGGAGUUGCAAAAAUGCCGUGUCUUGUGGUGUUGAUUGAUAACUGAUUAGUAUGCAGCUAUUUGAUAAUGAUGUCAAUUAUUUUGUAGGUGACUAAUUCAAGAUAGAUUGUAUACCAUUCUUCUUCUAGUUGGCUACGGGUUCUCUCUCUCACAUUUGAGCAGCAAGAAAGAUGCUGGAUAUGUCUAAUUAAGAGCGAAGAGGACAAUGGACAAGAAGGAAGCACAAAAAUGAAUGAUUUAUUUUGUGUUUUCAUACAAAGCAAUCAAAUGGAGCAUCUUGUAUGGCAACCGAAAAUGCUCCAUUUGUAAACUGGAUGCAACUGAAAAGAAACGAAGAGAAACAGGUUGUUUUAAAGCAUUGAUCUCCCGCCUUUGAAACAGGGUUUAACUUACCUAAUAUCAGUAACCAUCCAGUGCUCAGGUGUGUUGGUACAAUGUAGCUCGCCCCAUCAAUAAACUUUUUUUGAUUGAUAGCCUGCUUUUGAUGUGUAAAUGAAUGAAACACAAACAAAACACAAAUCUCCGGAAAUGUAAAAAGAAAUUCUAUGAUAAUCUUGAACAGCUGUUAUUUAUCGGCAAUGAGCCUGAUUUGGAAAUUGUCUAUGGAAUAAAUGAAACUAAAAAUCUGUAUGCCACAUUUUACAACGAUUACGCCUGGUGACUGAUCUCUCUUGUGUGAUCAAUUAUGUGUAGAACUCCUUCUCUGCUUC